GGGCUCUCCUCUGGAAGAUUGAACAGAAGACUAACAAAGCAUUUGCUUGCGGAAAAGUCACUAUAAAAGGAAAGCGCCACUGGUACGAGGCUUUACCCCAGGCUGUAUUUGUUGCUUUGAGUGAUGACACUGCCUGGAUUAUCAGAACAAAUGGAGAUCUGUAUCUGCAAACAGGCCUGAGUGUGGAUCGUCCUUGUGCCCGAGCAGUAAAGGUUGACUGCCCUUAUCCACUGUCGCAGGUUACCUCCCGAAACAACGUGGUGUGGGCCCUGAGCGAGCAGCGGGCCCUGCUGUACCGCGAGGGAGUGCGCAGCUUCUGUCCCGAAGGGGAGCAAUGGAAGAGUGACAUUGUCAGUGAAAUGCAAGCUUUGGAACCAGUGUGCAUAACCCUUGGAGAUCAGCAGACACUGUGGGCUUUGGAUAUCCAUGGAAACCUGUGGUUCAGAACUGGUAUCGUUUCAAAGAAGCCACAAGGAGAUGAUAACCAUUGGUGGCAAGUGAGCAUCACUGAUUACGUGGUGUUUGACCAGUGCAGCCUGUUCCAGACGAUCAUCCAGGCAACCCAUACGGUGGCAUCGGCCGCUCAGGCACCCGUGGAGAAGGUGGCCGACAAGCUCCGGAUGGCGUUUUGGUCACAGCAGCUGCAGUGUCAGCCCAGCCUCCUCGGAGUUAACGGCAGCGGAGUCUGGAUCUCGUCAGGCAAAAACGAAUUCCAUGUGGCAAAAGGAAACUUAGUCGGAAGCUUCCUGUGGCUGUGCCAAAGCAACAAGGAUCUGUUCUGUGUCAGCGAUCAGAACCCGCAGUUUCGGCCAUCUACGGUGCAGCUGCCUCCGGACAGCGAAAUGGUGCAGUACUCCGCCUGCCAGGAUGCCAUCUGGGCCCUGGAUAGUCUUGGGCAGAUAUUUAUCCGCACGCUAUCACCCAGCUGUCCAACGGGCAUGCACUGGACAAAACUGGAUCUCUCUCAACUAGGUGCUGUAAAGCUGAUCGGCCUGACCUGUGGAAAUCAGCACGUUUGGGCCUGUGACACCAGCGGUGGCAUUUAUUUCCGUGUAGGAACUCAACCUCUUAACCCAAGUCUGAUGCUUCCUGCGUGGAUAAUGAUCGAGCCGCCUAUCCAG